CGGCGGUGGCGGCGGCCUCGUGCUUUUCGGGGCUGCGCAAGGAGCUGUCACUCAGGAGGCAGCUCCAGCCCAGGGUGAUGUCAGUGGAUCAGCUGCUCUCUAGAACAAAGCGGCGAGAGCACAGCGUGAGAGACACAAGCCGAGAGCCGCGGCAGAGGCGCGGGCGGCUCCGCUCCGGUUUGCGGUGGUGGCCGCGAGCGCCCCGGGCCGAAUUGCCUCGUGAGCUGUUGUUGUGGGGCGAGACCGGUGCGAAGCCCUCGGCCACCUCCCUCCCUGCCUCCUUAGUGGCCUCGCUCUCCCGCUGGACUUGGGCGAGUGCCGGGUCGGGCCGGAACGCGGGCGCGCUCUCGGGCCAGGCGAAGCCCAACCCGAGCACGUUGCCCGCCUGUGCUGCGGGCGGCGGGCGGGCUAAGCCAUGGACAGUGACGAAGAGACGCUGGAGGAGACCGUCGAGGGAACGCUUGAUGAUGAUGGGCUACCUCAUGGGUUCUGUACAGUCACCUAUUCAUCCACAGAUAGAUUUGAAGGCAACUUUGUGCAUGGAGAGAAGAAUGGUCGUGGAAAGUUCUUCUUCUUUGAUGGAAGCACUUUAGAAGGCUGCUAUGUUGAUGAUGCUCUGCAAGGCCAGGGAAUAUAUACUUAUGAAGAUGGAGGGGCCCUUCACGGUACUUAUAUAGAUGGUGAACUAAAUGGGCCAGCCCAGGAAUAUGAUGCAGAUGCACGACUGAUAUUCAAAGGCCAAUACAAAGAUAAUGUUCGCCAUGGGAUUUGUUGGAUAUACUACCCAGAUGGUGGGUAUCUGGUUGGAGAAGUCAAUGAAGAAGGAGAGAUGACUGGAGAGAAGAUAGCCUAUGUUUAUCCUGAUGGGAAGACAGCAUAUUAUGGGUACUUCAUAGACGGUGAAAUGUUAAAAGCAAAGCUGGCAACUUUAUCCAUAGAAGAGGGAAAGCCACAAUUUGAAGUGCUACCAGGCAGCCCAGUAUACUGUUUUGAUAAAUCUACUUCAUCCUGCAUUUCUACAAAUGCACUUCUUCCUGAUCCUUAUGAAUCAGAGAGGGUAUAUGUAGAUUCCUCACUUAUUUCCAGUGCAGGAGAAGGGUUGUUUACAAAAAUAGCAGCUGCAGCUGGCACAGUUAUGUCCUUUUAUAAUGGAGUACGAAUUACACAUCAGGAGGUGGAUAGCAGAGACUGGGCUUUGAAUGGAAACACAAUAUCUCUUGAUGAUGAAACAGUGCUAGAUGUACCAGAACCCUACAACCAUGCAUCCAAAUAUUGUGCCUCUUUGGGACACAAGGCAAACCACUCUUUUGCACCGAACUGUGUUUAUGAUUCGUUUGUCCAUCCUCGUUUUGGGCUGAUUAAGUGUAUCCGCACUAUUAGGGCUGUGGAGAAGGAUGAAGAACUAACAGUGGCUUAUGGAUAUGAUCAUAAUCCCACUGGACAAAAUGGGCCAGAAGCACCAGAGUGGUAUCUAGCAGAACUGAAAGCGUUCCAGGCUUCCCAGAAAAAGUGAAAGGCAGAUAGUUUCCCUGUUCAGAAAAUGGAUCUAUGCACUACCAUUGAUAACUGGAAUCAAGACAGACAGGGAUUGUUUAUGCAGUUGCUCUGCAACCUUCACUUUGUGUCAGAAGGGGGCAAUGUUUUCUCUCUAGCAUACUAACAAGUUUGAAACAUUACCUUAGAACAACUUUUGAAACUAUAGCUAGUAUUGUGAAAUAAUAACUAUUGAAUAUUCUAUAGAAGACAGUGUGAUUUACUUGGCAACCAUUCUGUAUCAAACAAAGUUUUCAAAACCUGGGGGGGGGGGUGUUAACAAAAGACGGAAGUUUUGCCUGUACUAUAACCUGUUACUGUGCAGCUAUAUUUUGUAUACAUGCCUUUUUGUGAUGGUAACAGAAUUGUUCUGUUUCUAAUAUUCUAGAAAAGUAGCAUAAUAUUUCUCUUAAAACCUUUGAGAAUAUUGCUCUCUUGGUGCACAGGAGGCUGGCCUUUGUAGCUCCUCCCUCUCUCUAAAGACGGAGGUUUUUUUUAAAGAGACUGAGGCCGCACAAUAUAUUUAAAUAAUUGUAUGUGUAGAUUAUUAUGAUUCUGUGGACAGAUUAAUUUUAGAAAUGUGCCUAAGGAAACCAGAACUAGUGUAACUUUAUUGUGAUAAUCACACUUGAAAUAAGUUCAUUGUUGGAUGUGUGUGUGUGAAUCUGUGUGGCGAUUUUUUUUUUUACAAAAAAAGCUGAAUGCAAAAGAGAGGGAAAUUAUAAUUGUAGAAACAAGCAAUUAAGGUUAUACCAAGAUACUUCUUUUUUGGUCAACCCUCUUCUGCUUUUUUUUUUCCUGCCUUGGAAAUUCUAAGAGAGGUGUCCAUCAGAGUCAUAUUAGUUUGAGAACUAAUAAUAGAAUAGAGACAGAAUAAUAGCCAGAAGUAUUGCAUAUUGGAGCCCUAUUUAUUUGAUAGGUUGUAAUACAAGAAUCGAAGAAAAUUAAAAGAAUGAAUUAGGUUAAAGGCAAAAACCUGUCUACUGUAAAGCUGGCUAUGCUUAUGUAUAUUCCAAACAACCUUUCUGAGAACUAUAACAUUAAUGUCUCCAUUCUCUUAACAGAGAAUAAGAAAAUGUCUCCAUUCUCUUAACAGUUCUUAACUACUACAGUGGUGCCCCGCUUGAUGAUUACCUCAUUAUACAACGAAAUCAUUUGCUGAUGAUGUUUUUGCAAUCGCUAUUGCGAUCGCAAAACGAUGAUUCUAUGGGCGAUUUUCGU